UAUCGAUAUGCAAUUUUCUCACAUCUCUGGAAACCUUUUCUUCAGUAUUACCGUUCCACGAACCUUUGUCACAUUUCUUCGGCUCUCUCUUAUUUAAUAGGCAAAUUAUAACUUAAAGUCAAACAAAGUUGAAAUACAAAUGAGCAGCGUUGGCGAGGAUUGCAACGAGCUGAAGCAGCAGUACGACGCCUGUUUCAACAAUUGGUUUUCUGAGCGUUUCCUAAAAGGUCAAACUGAUGACUCAGCGUGCGCCCCAAUUUUCCGUAUUUAUCAGGAGUGCGUUAAGCGCGCCAUCCGGGAGAAGAAUAUCAAUCUGCAAGAAAUCGACCCGAUAUAUGAAACGGAUUCCGAGCACGACCAAACCACUAACUCAACCGGCAAUCAGCAGCAAAAGGCCAAGAGUUGACCCAAAAAGCCGCUC